GAGUACUUGGUAGUGAGUAAGGGGUACCCUUUCGAACGUCAUCGAGUGCUGACGGACGACGGAUUUGUGCUGGAGAUGCACCGGAUACCUCGGGGUAGGCUCCCCUGUCACGGGGACACCUGCCACCGGGAGCCCGUGUUCGUGAUGGCCGGUCUCGGCAUGGACUCCACGACGCUGGUCCUGGACUUUCCAGGACAGUCUUUAGGCUUUGUUCUGGCCGACAACGGCUACGACGUGUGGAUGGGGAACACGAGGGGAGGCACCUUCGGGAAGCUGCACGUCAACAUGACGCCAAAGUCUAAGAGCUUCUGGAACUUCUCGUUCCACGAGCACGGAGUGUACGACGCGCCUGCGCAGAUCGAUCGCGUCUUGGACAAGACGCGACGCGACUGUCUGCUCUACGUCGGCUUCUCCCAGGGGAGCCUCAUGUUCUUCGUCAUGGUGUCGCAAAGACCCGAGUACGACGCCAAGGUGAAGGCUUUCGCGGGCUUGGCGCCUUUCAGGAAGUUUAGCCACUCUUCACUGGCUGUCAUCAGACCUUCCAGCGUCGUCGAAAAACUGCUUAAAGCUGCCCGGUCGGCCCAUCUGGAGAGGCUGGGCUCGGGCGGGGUCUUGUCGGCAUACCUGUCCCGCGUCGUGUGCUCCCUGCCCGCCAGGACACUGUGUGGGGCCGAGGAAGACGCCGCCGCCAAUCUGGGCAGCAAGUACGUCAACACGACUCGGUACCCGGUCUACGUCUGCAGUGUUCCAGCUGGAACGUCGGUGAAGAACUUGCUCCAUUUCUGGCAGUUUAUUUCAUCGAAGAAAGCUCAGUUGUUUGACUAUGGACCAAAGCAAAACCGAAAAGUGUACGGUCAGGUGAGGAACGGGAACCUGCUUGCCUGUAAGGGUCACUCGAACCGCAAACAAUAUAGUUUUACGUUCGAGAAACAUUGA